AUGCCUCACAAGCAGAAGAAGAAUCCUAGCAAUGCCCAUAAAAACGGCUCUCCCCGAGCGGAGAGGAAGCAGUCGACGUCGAAUACCGCUCCGCUUGCUCAGCCUGGAUUAGCGACGACGAAUUACCGGGAGAUUCAUCAGAAUGAGGUCGAGGCGUUACGCUCAAUCUAUGGUGAUGAUGACUUCGAAGAAAUCAAGCACAGGCCUUCCGCCUGGCAGCAAUCGUCCGAUGUGGCCUUUAAGCUUCAUCUACGUGCUUCGUCAAAUCCCGAGGUCCGUGUUGAUUUGCUAGUUGAGCUGCCGACGACAUAUCCCAAAACAUAUCCGAAUCUUUCACUGGGUAAUUCAGAAAACAUUCGCCACAGGGCUCGGUUAAAAAUUCAAGAUAUUAUUCGGAACAAACCGAAAGAGCUGCUCGGCUCUGAGAUGAUCUAUGAACUCGCCGUGUCAAUCCAGGAUGUUCUCGAGGACGUUGCCCAGGCGCAGGCCCAGGAUAAGGAUCUACCGAGUUUAGAAGAGGAACGCAUGGAGCAAGAAGCUGCUGCCAAUCAGCGUGCGGAGUUGGAACGGCAAGAAGAGCUUCGAAAACAGGAAGCGGCCACAGCAGAAGAAGAGCGAGCUCUGCAGCAGCUGCUGGAGGAUAAACUCAGAGAACGGACGAAGGCUCGUCUUUCCAGGCGAAAGAGUAGGACUUCUGGUAUAGGUCUGUCCGGCUCCGUCGACGCGGUUGACCACUUUCCUGGCGCCAUUACUUUUGAUCCGCCAUUGAUAAUAAACGACACGGACGAACAACCGCUAGGAUUUAGGGCUGUAUAUGGGAAGACGCUCCUACAGAGCAGUCCAGGAAAGCAGACAUUCACAGUCAGACCGGUGGUGUCAGAGAGCCGCUCACAUGCACCUCUUAUCGUCCUGAAGGAGCUUUCUCUCGAUGGGAAAGGGACGGCGUCGCUUGUUUUUCGAGAGCGAAUGCGUGCUAGUGAGGACAAACUAGAGGCUCUGAAAAAACUUCGGCAUCCCAAUCUUGUGGAUUUUAUUGGUUUCAAGAUAUAUAGACCCUUAGACUCCUUUGAGGCCCAAGACAGCACCUGGAGAGUUUAUCUUCUUCUUGAAUAUGCGAACAAAGGGUCCCUAUCCGAGUUCCUGGACAUCGUGGGGAGUGUGUCGGUGGAAAUUAUCCGUAGUUGGAUGAUCCAACUGCUCGAAGCUCUUGAGUUUUAUCAUCGCAACGGAUUUGUGCAUGGGAACAUCCACUGCGGACGCAUACUGCUUUUCAGGAACCCGCACGGUGGUACCAUUGUAAAGCUGCAGGGAAGCAUUGAAGAUACGCUCCCGGAUACCGACGGCAGCAAAAGAUCCCUAACAAUCUCGAAGUCCCCUUUCUGGAUGCCUCCUGAACUCACACAAGAAAGUACGCCUCCGACGAUGAAAACUGAUGUAUGGGACAUGGGUAUAGUUUUCCUGCAGAUGGCGUUUGGUAAGGAUGUGUUGCAGCGGUACACAUCAGCGAACGCACUCAUGGGAACAUUGGGUUUAUCAGCACCUUUGCAAGAUUUGCUGCAUGAAUUUUUCAGACCAGAUCCGAAGAAGCGACCGACCGCUUUCCAGCUCCAACCCUUCGAGUUUUUCCGGGUCGACACACCCUUAAUUGCUCGCACGAGUACUUCGAACUCGGUGUCACUGCCCAGACGCCCACGCCUUGACUCAAUCGGGGGGCUUCCCGCUUUCUCGCGAUACAACCAAGACUUUGAUGAAGCCGGGCGCCUGGGCAAAGGUGGCUUUGGACAGGUAGUAAAAGCUAGGAAUAAGCUCGAUGGUCGGUUUUACGCUAUCAAAAAGAUUUCUCAGAGAUCAGCCUCUGCGCUCAAAGAUACUCUUUCGGAGAUUAUGCUGCUCUCGCGACUCAACCAUCCAUACGUCGUUCGCUAUUUCACUGCGUGGCUGGAGGAAGAGUAUGAUCAUAUUGAGGAAGAAGCCAUCUCAUCGACCGAAGGAGACCCCUUCGCUAGUCGGGAUGCAAAUGGAUUUGGUUACAGCACUGGAGGGCUUGACUUUAUCAGCUCCAGCGGUUACCCCAAGAUCGAGUUUGCUUCUGACAGUGAGGAUGAACAUGACGCAAGCGUAUCUCAUCGAGGAGGAACAGAGUCUUAUGAUGCUUAUGGCGAGGAGAGUGUCCCGGGGACCGAGCUAAGUCGAGUGAGAUCCGGUUCACAGGGCCGAGCCCAUCUUACAACGCUUUAUAUACAGAUGGAGUAUUGCGAGAAACACACUCUUCGCGACUUGAUAAGGAACGGCUUGUGCGACGAUAUCGAUCGUUCAUGGCGACUGUUCCGUCAAAUUCUUGACGGGCUAAGUCAUAUUCACAGCCAUGGCAUUAUACACCGUGAUCUGAAACCUGACAAUAUAUUCAUUGAUGUGGCGAGCAACCCAAGAAUUGGAGAUUUCGGCCUGGCUACCAGUGGACAGUUUACCACAGCUGUGCGUUCGUCGACUACCGCAGAUUUUGAAGGCAAUCUCACGCGAAGUCUCGGGACUACUUACUACGUCGCUCCGGAAAUGAAGUCUGGCUUCGCAGGUCACUAUAACGAGAAAGUCGAUAUGUACUCCUUGGGUAUAAUAUUCUUCGAGAUGUGCCACCCGUUGCCCACGGGUAUGGAACGCGAUCAAACUCUACGGGCGAUUCGAGAAGAACAUCAUAUUCUUCCACCGACUUUUCAGUACUCGGAAAAGGCAGUGCAGGGAAGCAUUAUCAAAUCGCUAUUGAGUCAUAAUCCAGAGGAACGACCUUCUGCCUCGGAACUUCUCCAGAGCGGCAAGAUUCCUCUCCAGGUUGAAGAAGAGACGUUUAGACGAGCGAUCGUGCAUCUCCUCUCUGACCCAAAUGCCCCCGACUACAAGAAGAUUCUUUCGGCCAUCUUCUCACAAUCGCCCAAAAAAUAUGAAGAUAUUGCCUGGGAUAUGGACUCGCGCGCUGCUCCAGCGGCCAAUGAAUUACUCGUUCAGGGUUUAGUCAAAGAGCGACUAACCGCUAUAUUCCGCAGACAUGGGGCGGUUGAGACUACUAGGCAAAUGCUGUUUCCUAGGUCCCAACACUACAGAAGCGGUGCCGUUCGACUGCUCGAUGCAUCGGGUAAUCUGCUUCAGCUACCAUUCGACCUCACCUUACCGAACGCACGCUCUAUCUCUAGGCAGGAUCCCUCCCUGGAGAAAACAUUCGCUUUCGGCACAGUCUAUCGAGAGAUGCCCCAUGGCAGUGAGCCCAGAACUCACAAAGAAGUUGACUUUGAUAUCGUAUCGCACAAUACUCUUGAUCUGGCGUUGAAAGAAGCGGAAGUUAUCAAGGUACUCGACGAGAUCAUUGAAGAGUUCCCGCCGCUCAGGUCGUCCCCGAUGAGUUUUCUCGUAAAUCACUCCGACCUUCUGCAGCUCAUCAUGGAAUUCUGCCGCAUCACUCCUUCUCAGAUUCCGUUGGUCAAGGAAGUAAUCAGCAAGUUAAAUUUUGGCAAAUGGACGAUGCAGAAGAUCAGAAGUGAACUCCGAUCGCCAGCCAUUGGAGUCGCCUCUACCUCGUUGGACGACUUGGCGAGGUUUGAUUUUAGAGACACCCCUAAGCAAGCUCAAAAACGGCUCAGGUCCAUCAUGGAAGGUACGGAGUUCGCCGAGCGACUAUCACCUAUUUUCGCUCGCAUAAACGUACUCGUGACGUACAUGCAAGGCUUCGACGUCAAACGGAAGGUCUACGUCAAUCCUCUUGGCAGUCUGAACGACAAGUUUUUCAGAGCCGGCGGUCGGUAUGACCGGUUGGUGCAAGAGUUCUGUCCAAAGGUUCUAAGGAGCCGCUCUCAAACACAUGCAGUUGGCUUUAAUUUGAGCUGGGACAGACUCAGCUCGGCUAUGCUCGAGUAUCUCAAAGGUACGACGAAAGCACCUGUCAAGCAUGCUGAAUCGGACGCUGGGGCUUUUUGGAAGACCAGGAGGUGUGACGUGCUCGUUGCAAGCUUCGAUGCGACCGUGCUGCGCACAAUGGGUGUCAAGCUUGUGCAGGAUUUGUGGGCGAGUGAUAUCAGCGCUGAAUUGGCAGUCGACGCUUCAUCACUGGAAGAACUCCUCUCUGAGUACAAAGAUCACAAUCAUAGUUGGAUUGUCAUUGCCAAACAAGAUAGUAAAGAGCGAGGCUUCAAAGUGAAGUGUCUCGUUCCCAAGGAAGAACUCGACAUCAGGAGCUCCGAGCUUAUCCCUUGGCUUCGAAACGAGAUACGUGCCCGCAAUCAACGCGAGGGUGCGCCCGACCUACGGCAGUCCCGAUUGCCGAGUCAGUCAGACGCCAUUGCUGGAGCUAAUGAAAGAGCGAACGAUGUACGCAUCUUGGUGUCUCAGCACCGGAGCAAGAAGACAAACCGAAGAAAUAUUGUCGAGUCUGCUCUCCUUCGUUCCCGGGAGGUUGUCGAGAAGGCAAUCAACGGGCCUAUUGCCGCUAUUGACACUCGAGACGACCUGCUCGAAGCGAUCAGGGAUACGCGCCUGUCGGAUCCUGAAAGCUGGCGCUCAGUCAUUCAAAGUGCCCCGUUGACUGAGCGAAAGUACCUCAGUCAGGUCCACGAACUACUACUUGACCUUGCCAACGAGAGCCUCACGAAAGAUGGCCCUGACAGUGUCAGCAAUGCCUUCAUUUACAACUACCGUACAGGGUCGUGUCUGUAUUAUGACCUUGGGCGGGGAAGUGAAAAGUAA